AUGAAUAGUAUCGGUGAAUCUUGUAACGAAUUAAAACAACAAUAUGAUGUUUGUUUUCAAACAUGGUUUUCUGAUAAAUUUCUGAAAGGCGACAUGAAUGACUCUAUGUGUGCUCCACUCUUCAAAGUUUAUCAAUCAUGUCUCAAGGUAUUAUUAUUUUUAUUGAUCAUUAUUAUGGAGUCGUGCAGUCAGUUGAAAAAACACUAUGAUGAAUGCUUCAACACUUGGUUUUCCGAGAAAUUUUUAAAAGGAGAUACGGACGAUUCGAGUUGCAGUUCUUUGCUACAAACUUACAAAGAAUGCAAGGCUAUAAAAGAUAAUAAAAUUGAAAUAAAAGACAUUGAAGUGAACCAUUUGGGAACAGACAACGAAAAGCUACCGCCCAGCUGA